AUGCCAUUAUCGCGAUGCAGUACUUUGGUCAAUAUCUUGAUGCCGAUUCCAGUUAAUGCGUCACUGCUCGGACUAGGUACUCAGGGCAGCCUUGGUGGGUUGCUUGGCCUUGGUGGACUAAACAGUCUAGGUGGACUGGGAAACCUUGGUGGUUUGGGUCUUCCAAGAUUUGGAUAUUACGGAUAUUUCACUAGAUAUCUCGGGCCAGCACGGAUAAAUGGAUCCUGUCCAAAUGGCGAAAAUAUCAAUGGUCAAUGCUGGUAUAAUAUUAUCGACGAAAAGAAAAGGUAA